GCUUAAGUCAAAUCACGCGGUACCGUGACCUCUAGUGAGCCACGCCUCCACGCCUCUCAUCCUCGCCGGCGCGGAACAGCGAGGCAUAAACCUAAACCUCCCGGUCAUCUUGUUGGAUUCUCCUUAACCACCGAAUCUAUUACAGUUUCUUACCUAGGACUAGACCUGGAAUCUAUUCGUCCGAUGGACUCUGCUUGAUGCAUUAAGUCCCGGUACCUUGGAACAUCUCCCUGACUGCCGUCGGCCAGGACAAGUUGUCCAGAAUCUUCGGGUCAGACAUCAGAGCUGCUACAUCUUUGACCAUGUCGCUUUUCCAAUCCCAGCUAUAUCCGGGGCAAGCCCUCGGCUUUCUAGUGCUUGGCGCAUCCCUUCACGAUAUUCUUACGCGCAUCAAAGCCGAACCCCAACGAUUCCCAAAGAUCGAUCUUGCUUUCUCCCAGACCGCACCCAUAGAAGAGCCCGUAGUCGUUAAUCUGCCCUCAAACGGUGUUCGUCUCCGCUUCGAUGGCCCCGAGCAGCGCCUGCGUCUUGUCGAGGUCGUAGACUUUACCAAGAUUCAUAUCACCUUCAAAGAGGCGAAUAAUGAACGAGACCUAAUGCGGCCAGCAGCUGAACCGACUGCGACCGGACCAACAUUCAAACAUAUCUACAACAGGUUCUUGGGGCCAACUUAUGACGGCGAGUUCGUGCCCGGAAACGAGGGCGGCAAGGAUGUAGGCACCUAUGUGCUGUCUUAUCCCGGAGUUGCUUUCACCUUCCCCAUGGCCCCAUCGGCAUACUCUCCAGACAAAGACGUCAUGUCACUGUUGUCGCACAAUGGGACGCAGGUCGCAACAUCCAUGGCAGUAUUUAGCGGCGACACUUGGGCACAAGCACGGGACACUUUAUGGAAUGAAGCACUCCCAAGCUUAAAGACAUUUGCGCCUUUGUCAAAGGGUAGCAAAGAUGCUAGCCCGGACGAUGUGACGCUGGUGCGUAUUCAUGGGGGAGGAAAGCUCCAACUAGUUCGCAAAUGGACGGGGGUUGGCGAUGCGCCCUUGCCCUCUACCUGGAUUAUUCUUGGGGAAACGACUCCGCAAGACCUCGUUGCCGAGCUCGGUCCUCCUGAUGCAAUUUACCGCAGGAACGAGCAACGCAUGUACAUUCACCGUGUCCGGGGCGCCAGCAGCAGCCAUGGCCGUCGCCCAAACAGCGGCGAUGUCAAGCCGGGCUCACAUGACAACCUUACCGACACGGAUAUGUCAUCUGCCAACGCACUAUCCACGGAUGAUGGGGACUAUGACUCACGCGACGAUGAGGAUGAGGCUGUUGAGGACGACGCUGCUGGCAAUGUCGCAGGGGAGUGUUUCUACAACUACUUCUACCUAGGCUUCGAUAUCCUUAUAUCAACACCCAGGGUACCAUCACAACCUCCGCCAGGUGUCGAGGAGCCGCAGGUGCCCAGAGACAGAAGGCUUCCUUCCGAAUCCCAAGAUAGACUCGUAGCUACCAAGAUGAUCCUCCACGGUAACGUCCCAGGGUCCUACCCCUUCAAUCGCCACCGGCGCUGCCGUUGGGAGAUAGGAUAUUUGGACCAGCCAACCAACUCGGAGACGCCCUUUCCCGAGACGGAGGAACGUCUAGGCUCGGCGUGGAAAUCGACCUAUCUGUCUGAGGCCGACGCGAAGCAGCGUCAGCGAGGUAUGGUUCUCAAUCGUGGUUGGGGUGACAGCCCUGGCAGCAGCAUAGAGUUCCUAGGGGGUUGGGAGGGGGAAGUCAAGAGCUCAGCCAGGAAAACAGACGCAAUCGGGGCUGACAAUUCGACGACGACACUCUACGGUUAUCCUGGACUGGUGUUUGAAGUGCUGAGAAACGGGUUUGUUAGUGCAUUAACAGUAUUUUGAGAAGAGUCUGCUCUUUUCUUUUACUGUGCAUCCUUUUCUGCUUAUAGGGUCUCCUUGGCAAUUUCAAGCUGCGGAAGAGGUGGAUAAACGGCCUUUUAUUAUUAUUGUUUUUCGUCUUUUUUUGGUUUUCUUUUAUUCAAAUUGGCGUUGGCAUGGGCUGGUGGGAACCCCGAACACAGGAUUCGAUAACAGGGGCGUUCAUUCAAGGUUGAGCAUAUUUUCUAUUUGGGUUUGCAUCUUGGUCGUCUCAUUGAGGAGGAAGAUGGUUGCGGGGAUAGGUUAGGCGUGAAAGCCUGCGAGGCUUAAGGAUCUGCACUCAAUAUUAGAAGUCAUAAGACGAUUUCUCUAGCCUUGUUGGUCCACCCUAUGCGAGUUUUGUAGGGAACGCCUGUGCCU